AUGUCCGCGCCUCAGUCCGUCGCUGACUCUGUUUUGGGUUUAACUCAAUCCGAAUUACUUCUUUUUCGACAGCAGCAGCAAAUCCUAGCCCAACAAAGUCAUCAAGGCGGGAUGCGCGACCGCGGCCGAGGCACUAGCAGGCAGUCCCAACCCAGCUCUCGGGCGGCCAGCGCUGCCAGCAGUCAAGGAGUACCUGGACGGAUCAUGCUAGAUCCCCAUAGUUUGCAAACAUUAUCAUUGCAUCUGGAAAAUGUGCUGAGAAACAUCCAGCGCCGCAUAGGAGAACUUGAAGAUGCUACUGAACAAUCCGUCAGGAACUCUAAUAGUCGAGCCAGCGGUGCUAUGCAAGACGCGAACAGCGAGAUUACCAGGAUGCGACGUAUUUUGGCCGAAAUCGGGGCCCUUGAAGACGAGUUCGAGACGAUCAAGCGGAUCCGAGACAAGAUCAGACAAAUUAGAAAUAAUGUUGACGGGUUGAGUGACAGACUCGACCGCAGUCGUCCAAGUGGUCCGGGGCCUGGAGCACGCCCACGGCGCUAA